UCCGGGUUGGCUGCGCGGCGCUCGGGGCCGGGCCAGGGUGCAGCCGCCGCCGCCGGCACCGGGCCCGGGCCUCGGCACGCUCCGCGCGGGCCCCGCGCCCGCCGCCCCCGGGCUGGCCCCGCCCCGCCUCGCUCCGGCCUGGCCCUGCCGCCGCCCGCCGUCGCCCUCCUGCGCGCCGCGCCCCGCCUCGCCGGCCUCCCGCGCCGGCCCCGCGCCCUCCUCCUCCUCCUGCAGCCGCCGCCCGGCGCCGCCAUGCCCGGCCCGGCCGCCGGCAGCCGGGCGCGGGUGUACGCCGAGCAAUCAGGACGACUACCAGCUGGUCCGCAAGCUCGGGCGAGGGAAGUACAGCGAGGUCUUUGAGGCCAUCAACAUCACCAACAACGAGAGGGUUGUCGUGAAGAUCCUCAAGCCAGUGAAGAAAAAGAAGAUAAAACGUGAGGUUAAGAUUCUGGAGAAUCUACGUGGUGGCACCAACAUCAUUAACCUGAUUGACACUGUCAAGGAUCCAGUGUCAAAGACCCCUGCUCUGGUGUUUGAGUACAUCAAUAACACAGAUUUUAAGCAACUGUACCAGAUCCUGACAGACUUUGAUAUUCGGUUUUAUAUGUAUGAGCUGCUGAAGGCCCUGGAUUACUGUCACAGCAUGGGGAUCAUGCACAGGGAUGUCAAACCCCACAACGUCAUGAUAGACCACCAACAGAAAAAGCUGCGGCUCAUAGACUGGGGUCUAGCCGAAUUCUACCAUCCAGCUCAGGAAUACAAUGUCCGUGUGGCCUCUAGGUACUUCAAAGGACCGGAGCUCCUUGUGGACUACCAAAUGUAUGACUACAGCUUAGACAUGUGGAGCUUAGGCUGUAUGCUGGCAAGCAUGAUCUUCCGAAAGGAGCCCUUCUUCCACGGCCAGGACAAUUAUGAUCAACUGGUUCGCAUCGCAAAGGUCCUGGGCACAGAUGAGCUGUAUGGGUAUCUCAAGAAAUACCACAUAGAACUGGACCCACACUUCAAUGAUAUCCUGGGCCAGCAUUCCCGGAAGCGCUGGGAGAACUUCAUCCACAGUGAGAACAGACACCUGGUCAGUCCUGAAGUCCUAGACCUCCUGGACAAGCUCCUGCGAUAUGACCAUCAACAAAGGUUGACUGCGAAGGAGGCGAUGGAGCACCCCUAUUUCUAUCCAGUGGUGAAGGAGCAGUCCCAGCCCAGCUCUGAAAACGCUGUGCUCUCCAGUGGCCUGACAACAGCGCGAUGAAGACUGGAAAACGACGGGUAAUUCAAGAUGUUUACAAAUAAAAGCAAAACCUUCGGUCACACAGUGAAGGGAAAAGAACCAAGGACACCCCCCUUCCCCUCCCCUUUAUACUCAGCAGAAAUCUAACCUUGGGGGGUGUGUGUGUCAUAAACCUCAGUUCCUCUCUGGUGGUUGUGGUUAAUGUAACUCUAACCCUGUGGUACCAAAGCCCUGGGCAAAUGGUCUUGCAAGAGCUAAACAUGUAGUGAUACCCCCAGGGCUCAACACAACUGAUUCUGGUUCACAUCUCUAUGGAUCUUUCUCUUCCUUCUCAGUCCAGCCUUCCCCACCGUGCUGGUGGGGACAACUUGGUCGUUCCACCAUCAGCCCUUAGCAUGCCUCUUACUAAACAUGCCUUUCUGACUUGUAAACUCUGGACGAACCAAAUUCAGGCUGGGGGUCAGCAGGUGCAACUCUGUUUUGAGGUCCAAGUCCUACUGCUCACUCUGGGCUUGAAUUUGGCCCUUGAAUUCUAGUUUCAAUUGCAAAUGUUGGGGGAAAGGGGGGAGGUGGGGGGGGGGGUGUCAACAAAAAACAGCCCACAAACCCAGCAGCAUCUCAGGAUUGGUUUAGAGCAUUAAAACAAAGGCGCUGAUCCAGGCUGCUGGGGGGAGGUGGAUCCCCCCUCCAGGUGUGUUUGACAAAGGCUCACUCUGAGAAGAAACUCAAUAGACCUGCUUUGGAAACUUGUGAAUGUGAGAGCUGCUCUUGUGGCAGGAGAGGGGAGGGGCUAUCCAGACUUUCCCACCGAGCUCAGGAAAGUCAGUGUUGCAAGAUUUCUUGUGAUAGGUGUGCAACCACGUACCUCAUGACGUGGCUCCCAUGAGAAUUCAUGCCAUCUGCAGACUUGUGCCAGAGCACAGCUCUGGAGCGGUUCAAUCCAGCACCGCAGGAUGGGGGAGUGGAGAGGAGGACAGGGAGGAGAGCACAGGGAGGGGCAGGGGUCAGCAAACAGCGGCGUGGUCUGUCGGGGAGGGGGGCUGUGCAGCUACUGAUCCAGGACUUGGGAUCCAAUGUAGUGUUUUAACAGUCAGCCAUUUGUUGAAUUCUGGGGUCAUGUUGUGGGGGGUGGGGGGUUCGUCUUGUGGAUUCUUUCAUCAGAUCCCUCGAUGGCUUUAUAGCCCCACAAUUCACAGUUGCCUCCUCUACUGGUUCUGUGUGUAACUUCAUCAAGUGGUUCUGGUGACACUCAAAUGUAGAAGCUGGAGAUAGUGUUUUCCCACCAGCACCUAAACACAGAAUUUCCUUCUGCGGCAUUGUCGAAAUAGUUAAUUUUUUAUAAGGUUACAAUGUUUCUAUUUGAAACAUCUGUUUACAUUCCAUAUUCUAAUAAAGUUCUAUUGGCAUCGAUAGCAGGUCAAUCCAUUUGUAUAAUUCACUGAAACCAAUAAAUAUCUAUACGUC